AUUUCUUUCGGUGUUUCGUGUCAACGCGUGCCUUCGAGCAUCUUUCUUUCUUCCGCCCAUCGUCGGCCGACUCGGUUACACAUACGUCGAUUUUCACCUGAUUUCAGGUCGCUGGGCUUUAUGCGUCGCUUCCAAUCAGAUGAGCGUGCUUGAAACCUCGAGACAGUUCCGGUCAUGUUCCAGGUCGCUGUUUGAGAUCGCGUUUCGAGACGCGUCCUUCGAAAGCCGAUUCUUGGCACUUCAAAAGUAUAUCGACGUUUCGGUGGGACCAUGGAACACAAAGUGCAAUCGAGCGUACCGAUCGAUCAAAUACGGCAUACUGGCCGAAAACCUAAAAUACUCGAAAUGGCUCACAAAAUCCGACUGCGUUCGAGUGACGAAGUUCGAAGAGGUUUUUAUAGAAGCGAAUACAAGCAAGUACGCCGUUUCGUCUUCCAUUUACUUCGAGAAUGGGAGCGUGGGUAUGCGGUUCGACUAUUCGUUCUUGCCUGAUGCAACUGCUGGAUCGAGGGCCGACCUGGCGCCGUGUAUUUGCGUCGUUUCUGCCACGAACGCGUGCAAAAAUGAGCAAAUUGAGGCCUGGAUGAGACAGGAAAUUGAGUUCAGCGCAAAUCAAUGGCUGGAAUUGCUGAGUCAGAGCGAGGCCGAGCUGCUUGGGCGCGCAUCAGAAGGCGGCGGCUCAUCAUUCUCGGAAGUUCCGUGCGAGCGUGCAUCGAGCCGCGGACAGGUGCCAGUCAGAUUUUUGUCCGAAUUGACGAAUUCCGAAAGGAGUUCGUCACGUCAGCUGACUAGCGAGGCCCUGACUCAAAAACCGGACGUGCUGGAGGGUCAAUGCGCCUGCUUCUCUCAAAUUGAGGACUCGCUGCGCGCGAGUCAGGACAUGCUCAACAUGGCUCGGCUUGGGCAGAGCCGCGAGCUGGUCGAGAUAAAAACGAGGAUUGAAAAUUUGGAAAGACUGUUCGCUGCGAAGCACCUUUCGCACAGUCGAAGAAAGCGCACAAAUCUUCAGCACCAGAAGAAAAUGAACGAAAUCGUAGAAAGGCUGUACAGAGAAAAGUUCAAGGCACAGGACAAGAAGAAUCCGUAUUUGCCUAUUCUGAUUUUCGCAUGUACGGUUUGCAUUCCGAUGAUUGUCAAAGCCAUGUGGCAAAAGGAUUGGAUUGGGAUAGCACUGAAUUUGCUAAAGAAUCAAAUAGAAAUGAAAAAAGUAUAUUUCAAAAAGUAA